AGGCGAAGAUUUUGUUCACAUUUUCCGGUGAUCUACUCGUGCCCGUCCAAAUUUCAGUAAUUCCUUUUGCGAAGACUUUGUUGAUCGGAAAAAAAAAAUGAAGCCAGUGAUAGGCACAGUGGUAUCGAACAAGAUGCAGAAAUCGGUAGUCGUCGCCGUCGAUAGACUCUUCCACAACAAACUAUACAAUCGCUACGUCAAACGAACUUCCAAAUUCAUGGCUCACGACGACAAAGACGCCUGCAACAUCGGCGAUCGAGUGAAGUUAGAUCCAUCAAGGCCAUUGAGCAAGAAUAAGCAUUGGAUUGUUGCUGAAAUUAUCAAAAAAGCUCGAAUCUAUUCUCCUGAAGCUGCUGCUGCUGCUGUUGCUGCUUCUUCUGCUUCCUCUGCAUCCAUUGCUGACUCUUCUGCUCAGUCUCAGAUUCCUCCAUCAUCUACUUCUUAAGUUUUGUUAUGAGAAACGUUGCAUAGAGAAGCGAAAACAUGUCUGUGAGACAAGCUAGGAGUUGUUACGAUGAUCAUAUUGCAUUGAAGUUUAUGCCUUUGGAUCAUGUCUGUGAUAUUUUGAUUUCCUGAGAUGAUUAUGAGUUAUAUGAUGGUAAUAGAUUAUCUGGUGAAAGUUGAUGAAUAACACCUCCUGUUGAGAAACUCUUGUCUUCUUAUGUUAUUUUGGCAAAUCAUCACUGUAUUGCCGUUUAAGCAGAAGUGUGAGAUAGUGAUAAGUUGUUAUUACAUUCGUUAUUUUGGGUAUGGAACAAUGAGUGAAAAAUGCAUCUUUGGCUCUAUAAAUGGUGGCAAACUAA